AUGCCGCUGAAGAGGAUCAAGCGAUGGGAAAGCGAGGCGACUCGCCGUCGACGUGCUGUCCUGGCGAAGUAUCGGCAGGGCCUGAAUGGCAAAUGGGAGUCGAACGCUAAGAAGGCCUUGGCAAGAAGAGCAAAGCAGAAAAGUCGACACAUCGGUCCCAUGCUCGCGAGCUGCAAGGCUGCGCAGGUUGCGCGUGCUGAGCAGAAUCUGGCAAAGGCCCAGAAGUUCGUGGAGGUGCUCAAAGAAGCAAACCAGGAUGUGCUGCGACAGAUGGUGCCACAGCUGGACUCUCUCCCUGUGACGGGGUCAUUACUUCGCAGGACCCUCAUUCCGAAGUACUUGCGGGAGUCGGCAUGCAGAUGCCCUGGCCUCAAGAGCAAGGUGGCGCCAAUCAUACAGAAGUGGCGCAGGAUCUACUUGGAGGACAAGAAGCAGUGCUCUAAGCAGAAGGAGGAGGCCAUGAAGAAUGUGAAGAAAAGCAGGCCCGCGCUGCCCAAAGAGCCCAAAAAAGAGCCAGAGGUGGAGCUGGUGUCAGAGGUGAAGCCUCAAGCCAGGCCACGCACGGCGGCGAUGAAGCAGCGGCGCAUUACCUUCUUCAUGCAGGGCUCUUAG